GGGACCUUCCUCCUCAUCCUCCCCCUCCUCCUCCUCCUCCUCACGAUAAGCGGAACUUGUCAGUGAUGGAAAAGUCAGCGGCAGAAGUGAUCCGGUGAUGAGCUGGACGUCAAUCAGCGGAGGAGUCUCACCGGUGAGCAGCUGCACAAGAUUUGACCCCCUGUUUUGUUUUUGUUUUGCCUGAUCAGAAGAUAAGAAGAUGGAGUGGCGCCAGCAGACCAGUGUCAGCUGUGAAGACGCCUUCAUCGAGGCUCAGCGCUGGAUUGAGGAAGUGACCGGAAAAUCGUUUGGUUGCAACGACUUCCGCGCUGCCUUGGAGAAUGGAGUUCUGCUCUGCGAUUUGAUUAACCAGUUGAAACCUGGCAUCAUCAAGAAAGUCAACAGACUUUCUACUCCCAUCGCCGGCCUGGAUAAUGUCAACGUUUUCCUGAAGGCCUGCGGGAAACUGGGCCUGAAUGUGUCACAGCGGUUUGAUCCAGGAGACCUGCAGGACCUGUCCACUCGAGCAACACUCAGACGAGAUGAGACCAACCGAAGACUCAAAAAUGUUAUGAUCACAAUCUACUGGUUAGGCCGCCAUGCCCAUCUGGACACCUAUUACAGUGGGCCUCAGCUUAACUUCAAGGCCUUUGAAGGGCUGUUGGGGUUACCCUUGUCCAAGGUUCUAGAUGAGGGUAGUAAUGUGGUUGUGAAAGACAGCGGGUACAAGGAUUGCUGGUACCCAGAGAGGGAGGAAUACCUGCGUAUGAGACCGGGCUAUAAGACGGAGAUCUCUCUGGACUCCCGAGCCCUCCACCUCAACAGCGAAGGUUGUGGAAGUGACGCAGAGGCUGAACAGGUGUUCAAGAUGGAGAGCACACAGCCCCCGACCCAGCAAAACAAAGGUUUCGUCCCAGCACCGCUCCUACGGAGAAAACGAGGACAGGAGGAGAGCGGGAGGGGCGGCGAUGGUCCUCUCAACAGAACGUAUCAGAUCCAGGUCAGGCCUGAGACACCGGUUCAGGUCAACCCUGGCUGGAUUUGGAGCAAAUCACUCACUGACAUCCCGAUGGUGUACCCUGUGCGUAAAGCUCCUGAUGGGAACGUCAUCCACGAUGGCCCGGGAGGACAGUGGAAUCAAGAAGACAAACGCAAGUGUAGCGUUGCUCCCAAGGAUGGAGAAGAAAAGUGGCAGGAUGAUUUGACGAAGUGGAAGAACCGCCGCAGGAGCACCAAGUCUGACCUCCGCAGGAAGUCACAAGACAGAGAUCACGUCAUCAACCAGAUGAUCAACGGGGCUUCGACCAGCUUUGAGAGGAAUGAAGCGGGAGGUUUCUCAAAGAGAGACCAGCAGUCACCACGCAGACACGGCUCAGCCCCCCGACCUUACUCCAUCUCUCCUCCAUCAAAGAGCUCUGAUCUGCGGCCUCGUACUCGAGCUCUUCUGGCCCGCAGCUACGCCACGGAGGCUCCGUUCACCCCCGCGGCUCCGCUUAGCCCCCAUCAGUCGGCCCACCCUCAGGGAUCGUCAGUCGGGGCCAUGCCUGCCUCUGAUGGGAACAACUUGGGAGAGGAGAGCCACUUUGCCUCCCUGGCUUCAGAUGGAGCGGGGGUUACCACGCCUUCUCCCGACUGCCCGUUCAGCUCCCAGACACAAGUCAAUGCCCAGGGCGGUCCGGCUCCUUUCCAGCCCACAUCUGAAAAAGUCUUCACGAGCCAGAUCUCCACUCUGAUCACAACUAUACAGCCAAACAAGACCGCCAAGUCUACUGUGUCAGGUCAAAAGGCACUUCCACUGUGCGCUGAUCCAAAAGCUCCAACUUUUUGCACUGAUGCCCUGAAUCAGGCAGAUGUUGAUGCCCUGGAGGGCCACCAGAACCACAAGUCUCAGGAUGAGGAUCCGAAGACAUCUUGGCAACCGGCUGUGGAGCAAGCCAGAGGCCAGCAGGCCACAGGCAUCCACAAGUAUUUGUCCAGCUCCGGGUCCUGGUCCGGCUCAGCCAGCCUUCCUCGUGGAUACCGGAGGUCCGAGGGCUCAUCCCGUCUCUCCACUGCAAUCACAGCCAAACCCUUCGGGACCAAGCCGUCAAGGGUGUCCUCACUACCGAGACUGUGCAACGUAGACGACAACCAGGGGCUGCUGUUGAAAAGUGAGAAAGAGACCUCUCUUUCUCCUUCGCCCAUUGAACCUUUGCUCAAAAGACAGACUGCCACCGCCCAUCUGCGGGGUCAGUACCAGGCUUCAGUCAAACAGAAGAAGGCCAACCAGGCGAAGCAGAAUGGUGCGGAACAAGCAGAGGUGGUGAAAGGUGCCACUUUUUCCAGCCAGACUUCCUUCCAGACCAAUGGCCAUCAUCUGCCCUCCACCCAAACCCAGCUACUGCCGCAGCCUUAUUCAGCACCGCAGGCCCGCCACGUCAAAGGCUCCAUCCUCCCGUCUGAUGGCAGCACCGACCACCCAAAGGUGGAUCACAGUGACAUGAGAGUGAGCCUUACUCUCAAACCCAACAGCAGACCAGACUUUGGUUUCCAGACUCACUGGGACUCGACAGGAGCGAGAGUCAAGUUCAUUCAACCCGGCAGCCCGGCGGAGCUUUGCCAGCUGUGUGUGGACGAUGAGAUCGUGGCCGUUAACGGAGUCGCAGUGGCACACCUGAACUACACCCAGUGGAAGGAUAAAAUGACGUCUUCCCUGCAAACUGGCAGUCUGACCAUGGAUAUUCGGCGCUAUGGCAACAAGGAUUGGAGCACCAGCGAGUGGAGCCAUCUCAAGCAGCCAGGCCAGAGCAGGAUGACCCUCAAUCUGACCGCCUCAGCGCCCGUUCUGAUAGGUUGCCCCGACCGCCUUGCCAACACUUGCUCCUCUGCAGACGCCGCGGUCAGGAAAGUGUCUGAAUUCAAUGGGCAGACGGACGAUGUUAUACAAUGUAAUGUCAUGCAUGGAGAGCUGGCUGGCAACCACGAGACAGCCAGAAGUAAAGGUGGUUCAGAAUCUGCGAUAUCUGAUCUCCAGGUGCCAUCCCUCAGCCCCUCCUCAUCCAGCUGGUCGUGGGACCGCGAGGAGGACCGAAGGCGUCAGGAGAAGUGGCAGGAAGAACAGGAGCGCCUCCUACAGGAGCAAUACCAGCGGGAUCAGGAGAGGCUGGAGGCGGAGUGGCGGAGGGCUCAACAAGAAGCCAUGGGGGAGUCAUGUAGGAAGUCAGGGCAGAACCUCUUCGAGAUGACCAAUGGAGGCGAGAGGCCUGCCAGCGCCCAGCCUCAUGUGAACGGACUGACCAAUAACGGCAGAGAAGAGGAGCGGAGCCCCGACAGGAGUGAGCUGAAAGGAGCCGCCUCAAAACCUCAAAGUAGCGCACGGGGAGCGCAGGACGGCAGGAUGACUGAGCAGGCCUGCUUUCGCUGGGCCUUUGCGCUCUUCAUGCCGAACCUCAGGGCUGAGGACGCUUGUGGCUUCGCUCAGCUGUCUCCUGCACACAGGGCGAAGUCCUUGUCUACCCCAGCACUGGGUGGUCCCCACAAACAGAUAAGAGGUGACGAUCGGAAAAGAAAAGGACAGUCCAUAUCUAAGGUUGAACAGGAAAGGCAGCUGAUUUUGGAGGAGAUGAAGAAGAGGACUCAGCUCCUGACUGACAACAGCUGGAUCCGUCAGCGCAGCAGCAGCUUUUACAAGGAGCCCGUGUACGUCGGGGUUCCAAUGAAGAGGUUCGAGUCUCUGGACAACUUGGACAAUUUGCGUCAGUCCCCGCUCUCAUCCCUCGGUUACCCUCGUCCACACUCAGCCGCUGCGGGUUACUGCGCUCCGAGCAGAAACUCCUCCUCCCGCUACAGCACCGGAUCAAUGCUGUCGCAGAGGAACGCAUCCAUGGACCCCUCUCUUCAUGGCGGGAUGGUCGGUGGCUGGAGGACUUGCUGUGUGUGCGAGCGUCUCCUUGGUAGUGGGGCAGCCAUGGUCAUAGAGGCCCUUAUUCUCUGCUUCCACCUCGCCUGUUUCCAGUGUGUGGGCUGCCACCGACAUCUCGGAGGAGCUGAGUAUGGAGUCCAGGUUCGAAUCCGAAACAGGAAGCUGUAUUGCGAGCCCUGCUAUUUCCACCUCAAGGCCACUGAUGCCCCCUCCAUGUGAUCAACACACCGUCCUCCACAUUACGGAGUAAGCGGCGGAGUCACUGGGGAGACCAGUUGGGUAGAAGGCAUGGUGACGACAUCUACAUGACCGAGCCAUGAUUAUUAAUCGUUGGUAAAACCGCAAACUCUAAGCUGUGGUGUAAAAUUAGACACUUAAUGGCUGUUUUUUUUUUAAAUCAAAUAUUGUUGAUAAGCUACUCAGUUUGUCUUUCCUUUCUGUCUGCUAAUUUUUUUCUAAGAGAAUUUAGAUUUAAUAUAUGAAAUAAAGUAAAGAUGGCUGUUAUUAGUGUCUGAUUUAAUGCUUUUAUUUUAAUAAUCGUAUCUCUGUCUGUCAUAUCCUUGUGUUACGUUUGAUAUUUGCCCCAGUAGCACAUUUAUGAUGUAAGAUAAGAUCAGAUAUGUUGUUGUUAAUGUAUGGAGGCACGUUUAAACUUGUACUGCAGCACUUUCUCUAUUGGAAAUCUCACCAAGUGCACUUUGGGAUAAAUCGGUGGUAUAAAAUAAAAAAUGCAUGCAUUUCUCAUGUGAAAACAGGCAUCUUAUCUGAAAUGCUUUUGGAAACUGAGUGCACUGAACAUCAACUUCAAGGGUUUUUCUGUUAUUCAUUAAUGUACCACAUGGUGGCAUCGUCGGUCCCAUAGUAAAAACAGAAGUGUCCGUCAUACUGAAGGAAGAAAUGUCUUGCAUAGAAAUGUCUUGUUCAAUGUGACCAAAUUAUUGGAGGUUAAGUCUUUCAAUAUUUUUGGUCAGUAGUGCACAAAACAACUGCUAUUUUUAUACUCUGUCACUGAAACACAGUCAGAGUUGCAACAGCAAAUAUGGAGCUAUUUAAUAAACAAAGAAUUAACAGUAGAAACCAGUUUCAUCUGGCUCUGGCAAUUUGUGAAAGAGGGUGACCUUAGUUGAUCCUCCAAUCAGUUGCAACAAUAUGUCAUGUGUGUAAUGCAUCAACAUUUCUCAGAACUGGACUCGUGUCUGUGCUUGUCUGCUUCUGUAUAGUUAGUGUUAUGGGUCAGAAGUUGCAGAUAAAUCUCUAAAGAUAAUCAGUGUGUAUAUUUUCCUGUGCCGAGAACUUUUGAAACGGAAAUCUAGUGAUAAUUCAUUCUGUUGUCUUGAUUCCUACCUUUGCUACCAAUAAACUUCCUUAUCUAAAUA